AUGCUAAACCUCACUUCGACUCAACUCCCUGUCACUCAGGGUACCAGCCAAAGCGGAGUCAUCCCUCCAGUACAACCCAUUAAUGUGGAAGAAGAAGAACUCACCAGACCUUACAAACCAGUGGAUGAAGCUUUCAAAUCCAAAUUCACCAGAAGAAUAGCGGAAGCUCCUAUCAAGGAAAAGCCCAAGAUGCCUCAAACUGUAGGCAAGUACGAUGGUCUAGGCGACCCUGACGACCAUCUAAAUCUAUUCAAAAGCGUAGGGGAAGUAGCCUGUUGGCCUAUGCCCCUCUGGUGUAAAAUGUUUGUACAAACCCUGGUAGGCGCGGCUCGAGUCUGGUGGGACAGCCUACCCAUUGGGGAGAUUGACAGUUUCGAAGAUCUAGAGUCCAAGUUCAUCUUGCAAUUCAGCCAGCAGCGCAGGCACACUAAAGACCGAAACGAGCUCCUCCACAUCCGCCGGCGAGACAAUGAAACAGUGGAAAAUUUCAUCGUUAGGAUCAAUAAAGAAAGCCUAGCAAUCCCGGGUGUCACAAAUGAUCUAGCGUGUGGAGCUUUCCUACAAGGAGUAAAUGAUGACGAGCUAUUAAGAACACUUCACAGAAGAGAUGGGGUGCCUCCCACCAUCGACGAAAUCUUGAGGAUAGCUAAGGUAUACGUGAUACAAGAAAAGGCAGUAGCCGCCAGUCACACGGCCAAUAGAAAAAAGGAGGCUCAGAAAAACCAUGAGGAUAGGGAGCAGCGGGUUUCUAAAAGUAAAGGCAGAGGAGACCGAUAUCAAAGAAGUGAUAGAACGGACUCGUGGUAUGAUAGGUCCCGAAAUACCUACUCAAGGAAUGAAUCCUCUAAGCCGCGUUCCGAUUACCCUAACCUGAGCAAAAUGCCAGCGGAAAUCCUAGCCUCUGAGAACCUCAAGUUUAAUCCUCCAAAACCACUAAAAGACAAUCCCAACAAAGAUACCACCAAAUACUGUGAAUACCACAAAGGAAGCGGCCAUGAUAGUAAAGAUUGUUUUCAGUUGAAGAAGCAGAUUGAAUACUUCGUAAAAGCGGGUAAACUGGCACACCUAGUACGAGACAUCAAACAGGGCCCACCGCCCGUUAAAAAAGAAAACGACAAGGCGGCGGGUAAAAGGCCGUGGGAGUUAAACAUGGUAUACGCGGAUAAAGGAAAAGGAGCCAAACGGAGUUUCUCCAUGCUCGAACCCUGGAUGCUAGCCACCAUGACAAUAGAACCCCGCGUGGAAGAUUUGCACCUCACUACUGACGCCUUAAUCAUAUCGGUUGCGGUAGGUGAUUAUCACAUGAGGAGGAUCCUGGUAGAUACCGGGAGUUCAGAGGAUAUCAUCUACGAGCAUUGCUUCAACAGAAUGCAACCAGAAGAUAGAAGGAUGCUUGAGUCAGUACACGCCCCUAUUAAAGGCUUCACGGGGGGAAAAGGUUGA